AUGGCAGCCAACAUUGUCCUCCCCCCUCUUAAGCUCUGGGCACAACAACACCUCACAAGCAUGCUCAAGGCCGCCGUCCAAGGCCAAGCGGCAUUCAACGAUGCUUUCAACGCGUUCAUUUCCAAGGAUGCGAAGAUUACGUUGAAUGGGAAACAAGUCUCGCAUGACGCGUACAAGCGCGCUUUCGAGGCUGCUUUUGGUGUCGCGAGCGUGGAUGUCAAGCUCGACGAGACUGUCGCGGUUGCCGACGCCGACUCCAACUAUACCGGCCUCGUUGGUCUGUUCUACACAGAGACAGCCCGUUCGAAAGAUCUCGUUCAUGAUGUCCCAAGAGUGCUUUACACCAUUGACGCCUCGGUGAAUAUCUUAGUCGAGGAGGACAAGAGUCUCCACGCUCCUCACCUCCCGCACGGCAUUCAUGGCGAUUUCGAUGGUCGUCGGGUCAUGUCGGUCAACCAGAUUAGCCUCGAAACUCACCAACCCGCUCCGAGGGAUGCGUGA